GUGGGGAGGGAGAAGAAAGGGGAGAGGAGGAAAACGGGGAAAGGCAGAAACAGCAAAACAGAGAGGACGGUGGAUGAUUUAUGCUUUGAAAGUUGUAUUACGGCAGGGUCAAAGAGUUCCGGCGAAGAGGAAUACAACAAGAUGAUAACGCCAUUCUUCCUGGAGAAUUUCUGGGGGGAAAAAAAUAAUGGCUUCGACGUGCUCUACCAUAACAUGAAGCAUGGCCAGAUUUCCUCUAAAGAGCUGACAGACUUCAUCAGAGAAAGGAGUACCAUUGAAGAGGCCUAUGCCAGGUCAAUGACCAAACUUGCCAAGUCAGCUGGCAACUUCUCUCAGCUUGGGACGUUUGCUCCAAUGUGGGACGUGUUCAAGAGCUCGACGGAGAAGCUGGCCAGCUGUCACAUGGAGCUCGUGAGGAAACUGCAGGAGCUUAUAAAAGAGGUCCAGAAGUAUGUGGAAGAGCAGGCCAAAGCACACAAAAAGACAAAAGAAGAGGUGGCGUCCACGCUGGAGGCCGUCCAGAACAUCCAGACCACAUCUCAGGCUCUGCAGAAGUCCAAGGAGAUCUACAAUACCAAAACAGUGGAGCAGGAGCGGCUCCGCAAAGAAGGGGCCACCCAGAGAGACGUGGACAAGGCUGGAGUGAAAGCCAAAAAAGCCACAGAGACCUACAAAGCAUAUGUGGAGAAAUAUGCCACAGCGAAGUCCGACUUUGAACAGAAGAUGGCCGAAACAGCACAGAAAUUCCAAGACAUUGAAGAAAGCCACAUUCUCCACAUGAAGGAGAUCAUUCGGUCAUACUCGCAGUCGGUCGACGAAACACACAUUCAAAUAGGAGAGCUGCACAGGGAAUUUGUGAGGAACAUUGAGAACACCUCCGUGGAGAGCUUAAUACACAAACUGGCUGAGAGCAAAGGAACGGGCAAGGAAAGACCAGGGCCCAUUGAGUUUGAAGAGUGCAACACAGCUAUUGCUACUGAAGGCGCUAAACCCAGAAAGCGAAAACCAUUUGGCAUCCCAGGUCGUAGGAAAGACAAGGACACUGACUCAACGGAGUCAACAGAAGUUGAAGCUGCUAACACUGCCAACGGCGCUCCCCCUGGAUACUAUGGGGCCAUAGACAUCCAGAACGCUAAUGUUCCCCAAGUUGAUGCAGAGGGUUUCUGUAUCAGACCAGAAGCAAAUGAAAAUGAUGCCAAAGAGAAUUCCUUCUAUUCGUCCAGCGACUCAGAGGACGAGGAUGAACCCAGGAAGUUCCAUGUAGAAAUCAAGCCCGUCCAGCCAAACAACGGCACGCACCAGAACCGAGCCACCAUUGACGAGCUGAAAGCCUCCAUUGGAAACAUCAUCCUCUCACCCUCGACCUCGGGACAGAUGCGGAGGAACCAGUCCAGGAUCACAGGAGUAUCGGCAUUAAGCUCUAAAGCUAAGGGUCCUGGUGACGAGCUGGCAAAACCCAGAGUGCCAACGUCUUACGAACUGACAAACAAUGACCUUCUGUCUCUGGACCCGCUGAGCCCCACUCUGGUUGCUGGCUCCGCCUCCUCUGUGUCCACAUCAGCAGACCUUGCAUCUGUUUUCCUUUCAAUCCCUCCAUCACCGUCUUCUUUGAUGAAUGAGUCAGACGUCUUUCUGCCAGAGGCAUCAGCUGAGACGGUGCCACAACAGGAGCGGUCGUCUCUUGUGGCAGAAAGCCACCAAUCCAAAGAUGUCUCCUCUUUCUCCUCAACCACAUCCUCGCCGUGGGACUCACCAGAAAACACUUUCCAGGCACCCAAGCCGGUGCCAGCACGGGCCCAGAGCGCCCCCAUCACCCUGCCAACAGAGCCCAUUGACCCCAUCAGAAGCCCGCCUGCUGCCAGCCCCCCAAAGAGCGUCGAUGCCUUCUCCUCCGUGUCCUGGUCCCAAAGCCAGUGGGUUGCGUUCAGCGACGCCUUCACUCCACCUCGCCCUCAGGCCUCAGGGUCGUGUGUGAAGGACCAGCAGAGGCCGCAGUCCAACGCUGGCAGGACAAGUCGCUUCUUCUCUGAUGAUUCUGCUGACACACACGGCAAAGCAGCAGCAGCAGCAGCAGCAGCAGCAGCAGCAGCAGCAGCAGCAGCAGACAGCAGAGAAGACGGCAGCUUGGGUUUCUCUGAUGUCUUCUCUGGGAUUACAGAUAAGACGAUGGGUGCAGCUCCACCAAGCAAAGUAGUAAAUGUGCCGGUUCCGCACCGACCUACGACACCGCUGACAGCUGGAGCCCUGGUGCCCCCACCACGACCCUCCUCCAGACCCAAACUCCCUACUGGGAAACUCACAGGAAUCAAUGAGAUUGUACGACCUUUCAGCCCGCCCAAAACGUCCAACGCCAGUCCUCCUCCUGCCGCACCCCUUGCCCGGGCAGAAAGUUCCUCUUCCUUGUCCUCGAAUGCCUCGCUCAGCGCUGGCAACACCCCCACUGUCGUCCCUCCUUUCCUUACAGGAGCUGAGCACUACUUUGCUCACCCCCUCUACUCCCCAGAGCCAGAGCUGCUCUCCCUUUCUCCUUUUUUUCUACUAAGCCAAAAGGAUGACGUGUUCAUAGCGAAGCUGCCUACCUUUGAGAAGCGCUGUGAAACACCAGCAGGGACGUCUCGCGGUCCCAGCCCUGUGACCCUGGCAUCCCAAGAUGCUUUGCCCAUUGCUGUGGCCUUCACCGAGUCAGUUAAUGCCUACUUCAAAGGAGCUGAUCCCUCAAAGUGCAUUGUGAAGAUUACAGGAGACAUGACUCUGUCGUUCCCCACGGGCAUCAUCAAGGUGUUCACCAGUAACCCCUCGCCGGCUGUCCUCACCUUCAAACUGAAGAACAUCAGCAGGCUGGAGCAGAUCCUCCCCAACCAGCAGCUGAUUUACAGUGAUCCUUCCCAAAGUGACUCGGAUUCCAAGGACUUCUGGUUCAACAUGCAAGCACUGACGUCCUACCUCAGAAAAGCCUUAGAUCAGACUCCUUCAGCUUCCUACUAUAAUGUGGACAUCCUAAAAUACCAGGUGUUGUCUGAUGGGAUCCAUUCCACUCCUCUGAACCUGGCCGUGUACUGGAAGUGCGCAGCAACUACGACGGAUUUGAGGGUGGAUUAUCGCUACAACCCGGACUCCAUGGCCUCUCCUGGACCUCUCACCAACGUACAGAUCUUAGUGCCUGUUGACGGAGGAGUCACCUCCAUGCAGUCUCUGCCCAACUCCAUGUGGAAUUCAGAGCAGAACAAGUGUUUGUGGAAGCUUGGUGACAUCUCAGAAAAGACUGAAAAUGAAGGUGCCGGAUCUCUGAGGGCCAAGUUUGAGUUGUCGAGUGGCCCGACAAACCCGUCCACUCUGGCCGUGCAGUUCAUGAGUGAAAGCAGCACUCUGUCUGGAGUGGACAUGGAUUUACUGGGGAGUGGAUACAGACUUUCCCUUAGCAAGAAGAGAUUUGCCACAGGACGAUAUAUGGCAGACUUCUGAAGCGUCCCACCUCUCAGAUUCACACACAAAUUUGCAGCUUCGAAAGACGUCCUGAACCUCUGGACCCACCUGAGCACAGCUGUGCAUUUGCUCAGGAGGCAAAAAUCUCACUACAAUAAAACAGCACUGAGUAUUGAACACUGUUUAAAAAAAAAAAAAAGAAGAAAGAAAGAAAGAAAGAAAAAGAAUAAAAGAAAACUAAGAUGAGCUUUCAGGAACUGUGUAGAUAUGAAGUCUAAUAAUGCUCUCUCAUCAGUUCACUUUUGUAUAGUCAGAAACAAUUUAUGGAUUAGAUAUAAAUCUAUAUUGUAUUUGAAAUCAUCAAAAAAAAAAGAAAAAAGUGCACUAACAAUCUUUCACAUGCUCUUUUUCUAAUUCGAUUCUUUUUCUUUCCCUUUUCGAGCCGUGUUGAAAAUUAAAAAAAAAACAUUUAUGAACUGUAAAUAUUAACUUUUCAGCUCUGACUUAACACUCAAAAAAUCAGUUUUGUUGACUGAUGAUUCUCUUUGCCUUCUCACGAUUAGGCUUUUUUGUUUUGUUUCUAUUUGAUCAUGUGCAAUGUAGCCAUGACACUAGAAUAACAUCCUUUCCUCUCUCACACUCUUGUGGCACAAACUUCAUCUUUCAAAUUAACGUUAAAGUGCUUUCAAACAAUUGCAAAAAAAAGAAGAAAGAUCGGACCUCAGUGCCUCCUCGUUUACUGUGGAUCUAUGGGCAAAAAAAGUGCUUCAGUGUCUUACCCAGGUUUGGGUUUUCCCAGAUUUAAGCUACAAGCUUUCUUUUUAAACAAUCGCCCCCAAUGGGCUCUUAAAAAGUCAUAGUUUGUCUUUUCUAAUUCUUAUUCUUAAUUAAAUAAAACAGCUCCGCAUCUCGACUGUAAAACAUUGUGUCAAAUGUUAGAUGCUUUUUUAAAAAAAAAAAAAAAAAAAAUGGAGGGACAUCGGCCCCAAAGUUGUAGCUUUUUUAAAAACUGGCAGUGAGUGUUUUUAAUCGUACAUUUGUGCCCGAGGACGUGCCUGAAUCUUCUUAACUUUUCUCUUCAUGUUUUGUAUACUACAGCACAACUAAUGAGAAUAGCACCAACAUUGUGCCAGUUAUGUUUAUUUUACUCUGUUAUUUGGAUACUGAAGGGAACGUGUUCUGUCUUUUUAUUACAAACUGUCUUCCACCAACGAAUCAAGUCAUGUUUGAUCUCAUUUCUUUCUCUUUCCUCUCACGUAGCACGUUCAAGGCCAAAUUAAUGAUCGAAAUGCCUUAUCGCGACUCGUCAGCACUGUGUGAUCCAGUGUCAUUACUGUAAAGACAGUGUUUCCAGUUCCCUGUGAUAGAUUACUAAUCUAUUCUGCCGCUCACACACUGAAUGCUGGGAUUAGUGUUCGCCUCUUGCAACUAUGAAGCAGGUGCAGGAAAUGGAUGGAUGAAAAAAUGGCAAUGUUUGACUCUCGCUGCUUCCUCGUUGUCUUUUAACGAACAGAGAGCUGCUGCUGAAGCUGUCGAGGCGGUCUUACUCCUAGGUGCAGUAGUUAUUAAUCACUUUUAGGACAUGUUGUCAUGGACCUCAUGCUUGCAAUGAUCCUGAAAUUGGUUGAUGGUAUGUGGCAUGUGUGCAGAUGCAAUAAAUCGCCUGGAAGCUGUGAUAGAAAAUCGACAAACCCUUUUAUGAAGAGGCAGGAGUUUCAUACAGUUCAACACAGUUUUCUCCUCAGUGACACAAAACAUGACUCAUUCAGCUGAUUUAAGCUCAUUCAGCAUCUCAUAUCUGGUGCAAUCAUACAUUCUUAAGGUUUCUAAUGUUUGUAUGAUGCUCUCCGGAAAAUUCAAGCCUUUUAAAAAAGAGUCGGAUAUUUUCUGUCUGCUGAACCUAAAUCUGCCAAAUGUUUGGUAGUUGGAUGAGUUUACAUGAAAUCCUAAAAUUGUAGUAUUAGGCGUUUUGUACAGAAACAAAAAAAAAAAAGAAGUCAUGAUGCUGUGGUUUUUCUCACAAUUAGAAUGACAUGAUUUGUUUUUAUUUAAGGAAAAGACCACAGAUUCUGUAAUCAUCAUAUUCAGUAUUAGCGAGCUGGUUCUCGCUGUCCCCGCAAAACUUUCUACAUAAAUUUGUGAAGGCUCAUUUUUUUCAGGUCGCUUUGGUUUUUUUUCUUUCCUUACAUGUUCUAUGAAGGGCAAAAAAAAUGUGUAAAUGAUUCUCAUAAAUUGUACAUAUUUACCAAUAUCAGCCACUUUUUUUGUCUUUACUUUAUGAUUUCUCAUUGUGCCUGUAUUAAAUGUGUAAUAUAUGAAUAUAUACAAAUAUAUGAAAAUGACUACUUUAA